UGUGCAAUCCAAAGCUCGUGCUCUGUAUAACACUGUUUCACUCUGCAGUUCGUAGUUGCGUCUGAUGGUUCACGGUAAUGCAGAUAAAAUGCAUAUACUAACCAAAACCUAUGUCCUGUUCUUGUGGAUGCAUCUACUGACCUUCGUGAAAAGCCAAGAUUGUACGCUUGAACAAUUUCUAAAUAGCCGCGCCUAUGAUUCAAAUUUUGACAUAAUCGGUCUGGAGGCUAGCUACGCUGGUGGAAAGCAGGUGAGAGUGGGCUGCAAUGUUGGCUACACUGGCUUUUUCAAGCUGAUCUGUGUGGAGGGAAAAUGGCAGACUAGAGGCAACAAAUGUCAACCAAAAUCGUGUGGUCAUCCCGGCGAUGCCCAGUUUGCAGAUUUUAAUCUUGCGGAGGGAGACGAUUUUGUUUUUGGGUCAAAAGUUGUAUACACUUGCCACAAAGGUUAUCAGAUGGUCAGUCGGACAAACUUCCGGCGCUGUAUGGCAGAAGGCUGGGACGGUGUUGUUCCAGUCUGUGAAGCCCAGCAGUGUCCAGUGAUUAAUGUGGCCAGUAAUGUCCAGAUUAUUGGGGAUCCAGAAGAAGCAAACUAUGGCAAUGUAGUUCGAUUUAGAUGCAAGUCGAGCUCUGAAGUCCUGGAAGGGUCAGCAGAGAUGUACUGUGAUGAAAAUGGAGAGUGGAAGGGGAAAGCUCCAAUAUGCACAGAGAUAAAAUGUACAGUACCUGUGAUUGAAAAUGGUUUUGUACCUGGAGAUCUCAGAGAGUACAAAGAAAAUACAGUCCUGAAUUUUCAGUGUGAUCCUCAAUACAAGCCCGCUGAAGAACGACUUUCAAAAUGUAUAAAAGUUGGACCAAAAGCAGACUGGAGCCCCACACCUGCGUGUGAACCAAUAAGAUGUGAACUGAAGCUGCCAGCACUCACAGGAACACGAUAUGAACCUGCUUCCAGAAGUGUGUUCUCACCUGGUGACACAAUCAGAGUUGUAUGUGGAGAGGAACACUGGAUUGUGAACGAGCAGACCACCUCAGUAGAGUCUACUUGUCAAAGCGACGGAAUCUGGAGUAUCAGGCCAAUAUGCCAAGAGGUCAUAUGCAGCAAUCAACGAGACCCACUUGUGUAUAGUUGGGAUGUAUAUAGGAAUGAAAAGAAAAAACUAGGUGACAAAGUAUAUUAUACUUGUAGAUGGGGCUAUGAAGCUACAAACAGUGACCAUCGGGCUACUUGCACUAGAGAUGGAUGGACACCAAAACCACUGUGUCGAGGAACACGGUGUGACAAACCCGACAUUGCAAACGCAGACAUUACCUACAACAACAAGUGGGAAUACCGGAACAGUGAACAAGUCCAAUACACUUGUAGGAUCGGCAAUCAAAACACUUUUACUAUCACCUGUAACGGCGGUGUUUGGACAGGAAUAAAGAGCUGUUCAGAGUGUCCAAAAGCUGCCGUUCCAAAUGGAUUUGUGGUUGGUCCACACAAAGACAAGCUGUACUACACCUGUAAUGAGGGUUUUAAGCUUUCCACCAAGGGCUGGUGGGGUGAAGCCAAAUGUGUUGGCGGUGUUUGGUCUGGCCUCGAGCAGUGUAUUGACAAAAGACUUUGUGGAGAACCUCCUGUGAUUCCUAAUGGGAAAGCUUUAGGGCGAUUUCAACAAGCCCAGAGUUUACAGAUUAUUUGCAAUGAAGGAUACUUGGCUGAGAAUGAGGAACUUACUUGUCACAACGGAAAAUGGCAUCCAACUGCAUUAUCACUCAAAACAAUCUGUAGACCAAUCGCUGAUCACUGCAGUCCCCCAACUAAAGUUGAGAAUGCUGUUGUGUUGACUUCAUAUCAGAAGGAGUACGUGUCUGACUCUGAAGUAACUUAUAAGUGCCGUGACAAGUUUAUAAUGGAGGGGGAAGACACAAUUAGAUGCAAAAAUGGGCAAUGGGAGGACAAAGACAUCAAGUGUAUACCCUACUGUGACAAGCUCAGCAAUGAGAAGCUGUCAAUGAACUUCACCUCGGAUAAAGACAGAUACAUGAAUGGAGACGUGAUCGAGUAUGAGUGUGUCAUACCUGAUGCAGCAGCUGAAGGCACUGCAACAUGUACCGAUGGCAAGUGGAUCAAAACAGUAGAGUGCAAAGUAAAGCCGUGCCCACUUCCUGAUGCCACUCCAAAUGGCAUCUAUAAAAUUAUUGAGGGUGAAGACUUUGUCUUUGGAACAACUAUCCAAUAUGUUUGCAAAAAAGGGUAUCAUUUGGUGGGUAAGGACACACUGACUUGUUCACUGGACGGAUGGACCGAUAGGACGCCAACAUGCCAACAGAUCACCUGUGAAAUUGAUGUCAUGCAUCCUGGACUCACUGCAAUUGGAUUACCAUCAGGAAGGGAAACAUUGGAAGUUGGACAUACAUUACGGUUUCACUGCAGCAAUGAGUAUCAACUGGAUGGGUCUAAAGAAAUAGAGUGUUUAGAAACUGGACAGUGGAGUGCCCCCUUCCCAACCUGCUCUGAGAAAUGUAAAGUCCCAAGAUUACCAGACAACAUAAGCUUCACCCCAGGUGCAUCAAGCCGUCUUCUAUUAAAAGGACAAAAGUUAACAUUUAGGUGCCGUCGACCUGGACACUUUAUUCAAGGGAAUGCAACAGUUGAAUGUUUGGCCAGUGGACAGUGGAGUGCUUCAAUUCCAACUUGUGGAAAUCCUGUAGGCUGUGGGAAACCACCACAUCUUGAGAAUGGAGACACCAAGGAAACUAUUCGAUUCCAGCACAGACAUAAUGAAAAGGUUGAAUAUGUCUGUCAGAAUGUAUACACUAUGGAGGGUGGGCCGUUCAUGACCUGCACCAAUGGUAACUGGACUGGACAGAUAAGAUGCCUCAAGCCCUGCACUGUGGAUGAAGAUGCCAUGAGCAGACACAACAUUAGGUUCAGACAUACUUGGGAAAAAAAGCUGUAUUCACCCCAUGAUGAUGCAAUCACGUUUUCAUGUUCUGACGGAACAAGACAUGACGGCACAUUGGAAAUGCGUCAGAAGUGUAUCAAUGGUGUGAUACACCUGCCCACCUGCCAGUAAAGUUUUUUAAUCAGCUGGAUGUGAUGAACAAGAGCACACAAACAUGAAGAGUCAGAGCAGUUAUGUAUUUUAGUGCUGUAUGUGGUGAUUUUACAUCAGAUAUAUAUAUAUAUACACUCAGUCUGUUUUCUUUCUAAACAUUGUUUUAUGAGUUAUAGUCUCACCUUUAACUGUUAAUAUCUGUUCAUGUGCUGAGAGACAGAGUGAAGACAAUUGAUGAAUUGCUUAUUGCUCAUUUUAUAGCAAACUUCAUUUGACAAACAAAAUAAACAUUCAUGAUACAAAGUAAUGCUUGAAAUAAACUCUUUGUUUUUGGUCCUUUCUGCUUUUAUAUAUUAAUGCAUAAAUUGCAUGUUUAUUAAUAAAAAGAGAAGGGUUUUUAUCUGGACACUGUACAAAAUGUUUUACCUUCUAAGCAUAUCUGCUGAAUGUCCAGCAUACAUUGCCUAUAAAAAGUAUUCACCUCCCUUG